GGUCGCUGGCGGUCCAAAUAACCAUGUUCAACCAAAAGAUCUCCAGCUAUCCUGCAGUAUUCAAUCCCUCCCACAUAGGGCGGUUAUGGUUUCUCCGGUAUAAUAAAGCUACACAUUUUGUGGGCCAUUUUAGCCAUACUUUUGAUGAAAAUACACUCCAUAUUAACACAAAAUCGCCAUAGUACCUAUGACUAUGUAUUCAGUCGCUAGCUAACAGGUACGUAGUGAGAUAAGUCUUUAUUUCAGUCAACAAAGGCCGCCCUGAUAGGAGGUGAAAUGAGUUCAGUGCUCUGUGGAAGCGGCAGCGCUGGUUUGUGUUUGUCGCUAGAUGGCAGAAGAAGUCCAGUUUCUGGAGGGGGGGGAUUAACGGGUUCGUGCAUCGUGCUGCAGCCUGGAUUUUUUUGUAAUAUAACGUCAAGUACAAACCAUGAGAUGGCAUUCAAAAGCAAAGCGGUCGACUCGAAGACCGUGCUCUUUAAUCUGCUGCUGUGUCUGGUCAUAUUUUACUCUCUUUUCUACAUGAUUGGGAGUGUGUGCUUCGGUGCCUUCAGGUUGGAUCACUUUGACGGACUGAUUCCAUUUGACUUUAAGACAGAACCUGCUGAAUCCAACUCCAAAUACUUGGUGAACCUCCUGUCUUUGGAACUCACCUACUUUUGCAGCGGCCUUUUGUUUGCCGCAGUGGUGAGGAGGCAGGUCUGGGACUACGCCGUCACUGUCACACUUCUGCACGUGAUGAUCACCAGCCUAGUGAUGUUGGAGUUUCCCAUGGUGUGGCAGUGGUGGCUGGCUUUAGGUAGCGGCUUGUUUCUGAUGAUCUGCAAUGGUCAGCUGAUAGCUUACUUCACCUGCAAGAGUGAUCAGAGCUACGCCGCCUUCAGCAUCUACUGACAGACAGAAAGCUACUCUGUGUAUAAACUGUUUCAGUCUUGUGAAGUGAGGCAGAAAGGAUCAGAACAGAUGCUCUCUUCCUGGAGACACCCAUUAGAUUCUCCUGGGUGAUGGGCUUUUUCUGUUUGUCACUAAAAAAAGACUCCUCACCGUUUCCUCACCAUGACACAUAAAGUCAGAGCUGGGUCCAAUUUGUGUCUAAGGGUUGCCAACAAACCGGCAUCCUAUUGUGUCCAUGUAAAUGCCACAAGGAGAUGUUCUCUGUAUUUUGCUUGUGAUGCACAAUGCCUGUCACUAAGCAGGAUUUUAGUACCUUUGUAAGCUGUGAAUGUAAUAGCAGAAUGGGAAAGUUGCAAUACAUGUUUGUUGUUGUAAAGUGUUCAAAAAUAAAACUGCUUCAGAUUGAGA